AUGGAGCAUUUGUGUGUGCGUUUGUCUGGCACAGGAAAACAGUCAGUUCCCCCUCUCGCUAAUUUCUCUCCCAAAGGAACUGAGGUGGUGCUGUACUGUCUGGAGAACAGAGUAUGUGAGGUGAAUCACAGAGACUACGCCGGGUACUGUGCUCUCCAUGAGGCGUGUGCCCGUGGCUGGCUCACCAUAGUGCAGCACCUGCUGGAUUACGGGGCCGACAUCAACUGUAGUGCACAGGACGGCACCAGACCGAUUCACGACGCAGUGGAGAACGACCACCUAGACGUGGUGCGGGUCCUGCUGUCCUAUGGCGCUGACCCUACUCUGGCAACAUACUCUGGCCGUGGCCUCCUCAAGAUGACCCACAGUGACAGCAUGGAGCGCUUCCUCACUGAUUAUUUUGCUGACCUUCAGGGCCGCCUAGAUGACGACCCAGGGCUUUACUGGGAUUUCUACGGCAGCGCAGUGUGUGAGUCGAGUGAAGAAGGCGGCAUCUAUGACAUCCUCGCAGACCCACCGGGCCCAGAGGACGAGGACGAGGAUGACAAAAGGGAGGUGUUUGAGUUUGAGUUCUCUGACCGACCUCUGCUGCCGUGCUACAACAUCCAGGUUUCCCUCUCCCAAGGGCCAAGAAACUGGCUGCUACUGUCGGACGUGCUCCGCCGGCUGCGAAUGUCAGCCCGGGGUUUCAGACAAGCCUUCCCACACAUGGAGGUGGUGACGGUGGCAGAGGCGGAGUUUUACCAGCAAGCGUCACUGUCGCAGCUCUUCUCUUGCCCAGAGGAGCUGGAGGGCUUCCAUCCGGACAGCAAGGAGCUGCUGGACCUGGUUGAGGACAGCGCUGAGCUCGCCGCCCAGCUGGGCUCUUCGCUUGAGUUUCUGGACGACCGCUGGGACCACCCAGGGGACAGACUGAAGGACAAAAUCAAGGCUGUUGGCAAGCUGGGCUCAUCCUGACCCCUGGAGCCACUAAUCCAGGACCUUGAUGCUUACUGACUGUAGUUUGCUUUAAAAACCAACCAGGGGUUAUGAUGACAUGCCUUAGCCUGACGCUUUGCUCCCACGCUUUGGCCCUGCUCCGGACCAGCCCUGGUGCACUGUACAGAUGGACUGAUCCGCUGGCUGACCGGGCUGCUCAGAUAUUUCCCUCCGUUAACUGAGGAUCAAUAAAUUUGUGGCUAAGUAGACUUAAUAAUGGUCUUAUUUUUAUAAAUUAAUAUAUAUAAGUGAAUAAUUAUACAUGUAUAUAUAUCACUAUAUAGAUAUAUAUGUAUAUCUAUAUGUAUCUAAAUAUAUAUAUAUAUAUGUAUAUAUACGUAUAUAUAUAUAUAUGUAUGUAUAUAUAUAUAUAUAUAUAUAUGUAUAUAUAUGUAUAUAUAUAUGUAUAAAUAGCGAGAUUCUUUUCUUUUGGAUGUUGCACACGACUUCUCUGAAAGAUUUUGUAUGACAGAGUAGUCGUGUGUGUGGGCGCGCAGCACAUUGUCCAUGUGUGUAGCUGUACAGGAUAGUACUGAGACUGUGCUAUUGAAUGUGGUAUUUGUGUUUAUAGGAAGCACAUGAUGUCCUGUUUUUUUCCCUCCUCAGACUUUAGCGCUCGCUCGAGCCUCAGGGGCUGUUCUGUUGUAUCUUUUUUUUUUUUUAAGCUGAGAUUUUGCUUCCUGUUCAGUAUGUAAUUUAACAUGCAAAACUACAAAAUCGUUUGUAUAAUAAAGUUUUAAGAUAAUGUUGAUAUUCACCCUUCGGCACAGAGCUUGUAUAUAACAGGGAGGCUACUGCAGUAAAGUAAUUUUUGGUGUGUUCAUUUUUGUUUUAAUUUUGUAAUUAAAAUAUCUCAUAAUUUGUAUUUAUAUUUUACAAAAGAAGUUGCUUUAAAAUAAAUAUACA